AUGCCGUCCCCCCUCCCGCCCCGCCUGGCCCCCCCCAUCUUCCCCAGCGCAUGCGCGUACAGCAGCCCGCUGUCACGCGGCUCCGCGCUGCUGCAGGUGCCGCGCAUGCGCAGCAGCCCCCCCGCGGCCCCUCCGGGGCGGCCCUGGUCCUCGGUGAUCCAGUGGACGCAGCUGCGGGUCUCCGAGCCCGCAGAGCCCGUGGGUGCGGGCGGCUUCGGCUCCGUGUUCCGAGCCGAGUACCGCGGAGCCGCCGUGGCGCUGAAGCGGGUUCGAACCCGCGCCAAGAACCCGCUGGCGGCGCGGCGGAGCUUCUGGGCGGAGCUGAGCGCCGCGCACCUGCAGCACGACAACCUGGUGCGGGUGCUCGCCGCCUCCACCUGCGCGCCGCCGGAGUUCGGGGGCGAGGACUGUCUGGGAACCAUCCUGAUGGAGCUGGUGGGGACCAGGAACCUGCAGCAGGUCAUCGACGGACCGGAGCCGCUGGACACCUGGCCCAGCUACGCAACGGACAUUGCUAGCGGCCUAGCGUUCCUGCACCGCCACUGGAUCGUGCACCUGGACAUCAAGCCGGCCAAUGUGCUGCUGUCGCCGGACGGCGUCUGCAAGAUCGCCGACUUCGGCUGCUCGCUGCAACUGGACGCCGCUAGCGGCUCCGCCCCCGGUGACCACGCGGGGCUCUGCCCCCAGCACAGCCACGCCUGCGGCACCUACACCCACCGCGCGCCGGAGCUGCUGCGCGGCGAGGCCGCCGCUCCCCCGGCGGACAUCUUCUCCUUCGGCAUCACGCUGUGGCAGCUAGUGACGCGUGAGGCGCCGUACCACGGCGACCGCCAGCAGGUGCUGUACGCCGUGGUGGCGCGCCACCUGCGGCCGCCACUAACACUAGCCGUGUUCAUGACAAGCCGGGGGCGGGGCCUGGCCACGCUGCUGGGUCGCUGCUGGAGCGGCGAUGCCCCCUGCAGGCCCUCCGCCGCCGAGCUGGUGGGCGUCCUCAGGACCUGGUCCCUGAACGCACCACAGACCUGA